AUGGCUUCAGCGAUUCCAGAACACCCACACAGCGGCGGGGAGCACACACUUGCAUUUGCUGGAGUCCAGUCUCUGGAUUUCCUUUCUCCUCAUAUGAUUCCCGUUGCAUCCAUUGUCUUCAUUGCCCUUGUCGUCGCGGUAAUCCACCUGGCCAUCAGUCGACUCCUGUUCCACCCGUUGGCGAACGUCCCUGGUCCGGCAUUGGCGGCUCUGAGCACCUGGUAUGAGUUCUACCACGAUGUUAUCCGCAACGGGCGUUACGUCAAACGCGUUGAGUCAAUGCAUGAAGAAUAUAAGUCGCCCGUCGUCCGUGUAGGCCCGAAUCUGGUCCAUGUCAACGACCCAGAAGUGUUCAAGAAGGUCUUCGCAAUCGCCUCUCCAUUCCUCAAGCCCAAGUUCUUCUAUUCCUCCGCCGGCCUGCCCAAAGCUAUCGGCGCAAUGACCGACCCGAAGAAACACCAUGUUCGCCGAUCCAUUCUGGGUCCGCGUUUCUCGCCCAAGGCGAUUGCCUCAUACACAGAUAGUUUGGUGAAACAGGUCAUGCUCUGUGCGGAGAGUAUGGCGUGCAGGGCUCGUUUGGGCGCUGUCAUUGAAAUGCCGCGGUACACUCGGGCUGUGACGGUUGAUGUGAUUUCCGAGUUCACAUUUGGACGUUCGUUCGGGAUGAUCAACGACUCGCCCGAGGAGCCGCCGCUGCUCCGUGAUCUCUCGACCUUCACAAAGCAGUUUCAUCUCUGCAAGCAUCUCCCCAUCUACCGCUGGAUUCUCGGCCGAGUCCCUGAGUCUCUCGCCUACAAGAUGAUGCCGGGGUACUACCAAAUGCUCGAGAAAGUAACUGCAUCUGUCAAGGAGCUCGUUGCCGAACACAACGCCGGCAAGCGUCAGCCAGCCAAGCCAGGCGAGGGCACCGUAAUCGACCUCCUCCUGACACCGCGCCCGGAGAAGAAUCACGAUCUGCCCGGUCCAGGUGUCUUGGUUGAUGAAGGAUGUGCCUUCAUCGUCGGUGGUAGCGACACGACGGGGUACACGAUGGAAGGCGCCACGUAUCUCCUUCUCUCCCACCCACAGGCCCUGCAACGCCUGCGUACUGAUUUGGAAGACGCUCUACCCUCGAUCCAGCACUUUGACCUCCAACGUAUCCUAAACCUGCCGUUCCUGACGGCCGUGAUCAAGGAAACCCUCCGCCUCUAUACCCCAACGCCCCCUCUCAUUCCGCGCACUGUGCCCCCCAAUGGAAUCACCGUGGACGGUCACUUCAUUCCAGGCGGCACAAUCAUCUCCGUAUCCCUCUACUUGAUCCACCAUAAUCCGGCACUCUUCUCCGACCCGAAAUCCUUCAGGCCGGAACGCUGGCUGGGAAGCGAGGGGAAGGAGCUGGAGCAGUACUACGUUCCCUUCUCGAGGGGGACCCGUUCUUGCAUCGGGAUGAACCUCGCAUACCACGAGAUUUAUACUUUCCUGGCGAUUCUAUUCUCGCGGUUUGAGAUGGAGACAGUCGAUACGGGGGAGGCCGAGAUGGAGUGGUUUGAUAACAUGUUGGCGAGGCGGAUGGGACCUGUCAAGAUCCGCCUGUUGAAGGAUCGGUGGAGCGGCGAGGUGUUUUAG